UCACGUAAAACUCUCACUCUCAUUUUCCCUCUCUUCUCCAAUGCCGCCUCUUCUUCUCCUUCUCCUACUCUUCCUCUUUCUCUCUCCUCCCUCCUCUCUCUCUCUAAACCAGGAGGGCCUCUACCUUCUCCGCGUCAAGCAAGGCCUCUCCGACCCCAACGAGUCCCUCUCCUCCUGGAACGACCGCGACGACUCCCCCUGCAACUGGUUCGGCAUUUCCUGCGACCCCUCCACUCGCCGAGUCAACUCGGUCGACCUUCCGAGUUCGCAGCUCGCUGGCCCUUUCCCCUCCUUCCUCUGCCGCCUCCCUUCCGUCUCCCGCCUCUCCCUCUUCAACAACUCCAUCAACACCUCCCUCAGCGCCGACAUCUCUGCUUGUCGGAAUCUCCAACACCUCAAUCUCUCCCAAAACCUCCUCGUCGGUGCCUUACCGGAUGGCCUCUCCCAAAUCCCGACCCUCCGGAAGCUCGACCUCUCCGGGAACAACUUCUCCGGUGGCAUUCCGGCGAGCUUCGGCGAGUUUCCGAGCCUUGAAUCGCUUCUCCUCUACGACAACCUUUUGGACGGCGAAAUCCCAAGCUUUCUCGGCAACGUCUCGACUCUCCGCGAACUCUUGCUCGCUUACAACCCGCUCUCACCGAGUCGGAUUCCGAGCGAAAUCGGUAACUUAACGAGCCUCGAGAACUUGUGGCUCGCCGGAUGUAACCUCGUCGGCGAGAUUCCGGCGAGUCUGAGCCGGCUUUCGCACCUCAAAAACCUCGACUUGUCGAUGAACAGACUCAGCGGAGCGAUUCCGAGUUCGAUCACGGAGUUGACAAGCGUGGUCCAAGUCGAGCUCUACAACAACUCUCUCUCCGGCGAAUUGCCUCGGGGAAUGUCGAAUUUGACAGCGCUCCGGCGAUUCGACGCCUCGAUGAAUCAAUUAACCGGGACAAUCCCCGACGAGCUAUGCGAACUGCCGCUCGAGUCGCUCAACCUGUUUGACAACCGGCUGGAAGGGACGUUGCCGGGGGGGAUAGCUCGGUCGCCGAACUUGUACGAGCUCAAAUUGUUCAACAACAAGCUCAGCGGCGAGUUGCCGAGUCGACUCGGCGAGAACUCGCCGCUGCAGAGGAUCGACGUGUCUUACAACGUGUUCGGCGGUGAAAUCCCCGGAAAUUUGUGCAGGAAGGGCGUUUUGGAAGAUCUAGUUAUGAUAUAUAAUUCGUUUUCCGGGAAACUCCCGGAGAAUCUCGGAAAAUGCCGGAGCUUGAGCAGGGUUCGGCUCAAGCACAACAAGCUUUCAGGUACUGUUCCUGAGCAAUUCUGGGGUUUGCCUCGUGUCUAUUUACUUGACCUUGUUGAUAACAAUCUCUCUGGUCCGAUCUCUAGCAAAGUUUCUGGUGCGUAUAACAUGUCUACAUUGUUGAUAUCAAAAAAUCGGUUUUCUGGGCUGAUUCCUAACGAGUUGGGUUCUCUGGGCAAUCUUGUUGAGAUCUCCGCUAGCGAUAAUCAGCUGACGGGACAGAUUCCGGAGAGUUUGGUUAAGUUGAGCCAGUUGGGAAGACUUGAUCUUAGUCGAAAUGAGAUUUCCGGUGAGAUUCCGGUGGGGAUCAAAGCUUGGAAGAAGCUCAAUGAGCUCAAUUUGGCUAACAAUAGGCUAUCUGGUGAAAUCCCAAGUGAAAUUGGAAGCUUGUCAGGUCUAAAUUAUCUUGAUCUUUCUGGGAAUUCUCUUUCCGGGGAAAUUCCCACCGAGUUGCAAAACUUGAAGCUUAACUCGCUAAACUUGUCGAAUAAUCGGCUUUCCGGUGAUCUUCCUCCUCUUUAUGCAAAUGAAAAUUAUGAGAACAGUUUUGUGGGCAAUCCAGGCCUGUGUGGUGACCUUCCUGAUCUUUGUCCGAGAGUAGGAGGAAGUAAGGACCUGAAAUACAUUUGGAUUCUCCGAUCAAUCUUCGUCCUUGCAGCCAUUGUUUUUCUUGUGGGAAUUGUUGGGUUCUAUUUAAAGCACCAAACUUUCAAGAAAAACAAGAAAGGAAUCGCAAUCUCUAAGUGGAGAUCCUUUCAUAAACUUAGUUUCAGUGAGCUUGAUAUAGUCCAAUGCCUUGACGAGGACAAUGUGAUCGGUAGCGGGGCUUCGGGGAAAGUCUACAAGGUGGUGCUCGGCAACGGUGAGGAAGUGGCGGUGAAGAAACUGUGGGGACGAGGAGCAAAGAAAUACGAAGAAGGCAGUGUCGAACCAGAGAGAGGCGAAUUCGAAGCUGAAGUCGAAACGCUAGGAAAGAUAAGGCACAAAAAUAUUGUCCGGCUAUGGUGUUGUUGCAACUCAGGAGAUUGCGAACUUCUGGUCUACGAAUACAUGCCCAAUGGGAGCUUGGGGGAUUUGCUGCAUAGCAGCAAGGGAGGCAUGUUGGAUUGGCCGACUAGGUAUAAGAUAGCGCUAGACGCAGCCGAAGGGCUCUCUUAUUUGCACCACGAUUGCGUGCCGCCAAUUGUUCACCGGGAUGUCAAAUCCAACAACAUUUUGUUGGAUGGAGAAUUUGGAGCUAAAGUUGCAGAUUUUGGGGUUGCCAAAGUUGUAUGUGGAGUCAACAAAGACGCAGAAUCCAUGUCUGUAAUUGCUGGGUCUUGUGGUUACAUAGCACCAGAAUACGGCUACACUCUUCGAGUGAAUGAAAAGAGUGACAUCUACAGCUUUGGAGUGGUGAUUCUAGAGCUGGUGACUGGUAGAAUCCCGGUUGAUCCGGAGUUUGGGGAGAAAGAUUUAGUCAAGUGGAUUUUCGCCACAUUGGACCACAAAGGACUAGAACACGUAAUCGACCCAAAACUUGAUGUCGUUCACAAGGAAGAAAUCGGCAGAUUACUUAAUAUAGGCCUUUUGUGUACCAAUUCUCUUCCCAUUAACCGCCCUUCAAUGAGAAAGGUCGUGAAGAUGAUACAAGAAGCAAGUUCGGAUAACCAAUCUAAGUCUGGUAGAAAGGAUGGGAAACUCUCCCCAUAUUACUACUAUGAAGAUGCCUCUGAUCAAGGAAGCACGGUUUGAACUUUGAAGAGAGAGAAAGAGAAUAUCCAGUUCAGAGAGAGAGAUUCAUAUUAGGACACUUUUGAAUACCGUAUGCGAUUGUAGCAUUGUAGGCGAUUAUUUUGCUCGUUUUGUUACGUUAGAGAAAUUGUAAUAUGCAAGUGUAAGAAGUGUCAAAAGGGUGGGUAUUUCUGCACAAAAAACAGCUGUACUACACACAAAAUAGUAGGUGAAACUUGUAAUGAUCCGUUAGGUGUGAAUGUCUCUCAUUGGUGAACUUACUUUCCAUUUUUCUUCCUAUAUCUGCAACUAUACAGUGGAGAUCACUGCAGAGACGAGCUUCCAACUGGCAGGACAACUUUGAUUUCAUUUUCAUAUUUCAUGAAUUUCCAUGUUUUUUUUUUUUCUUUCUUUUCCUUCUCUUGUAUAAGGGAGGUAAGUGGGACUAGGAAAACGAUAGAGUUGUUGCUAGUUUUUAAUGAAGGUGGUCUUAUUGGUUUCCACGCUAUUGGGUUCAAACUAAUAGAGGGGAAACGCCAAUAAUAUGGCAUGGCCAUUUUUUUUUUAAAUAAAUUUAAAAGGUUUACUCUCAAUGUUUGGAUGUUUCUCUCUAGGAAUAUCCAUGAAGUAAACCGUGAAAUAUUGGAUUAUAUUGCAAAUUACAAUUGGUUAA